AAGUCGUCAUAAGAUCUUUAUUAUGUCCACGAUAAUCUGCUUUAACUUCCUCAGAGGGGUUGGAGAAUUCCACCGGCGUAUAAAUAAAGUCAGUUCUUAGAAAGAGACCUAUUGGAGAAAAGGUGUCUGGUUAAGAUGAUACCAUUUAUUCUAUUUGCUGCCAUCGUUGCCGGAACGUCUGGUCAUGUUGUCGUUUUGCAAAAAUCUCAACUCGGACAAGCGGCAAAUGGUCCAGGACCUUCUAGGCCGAGAGUUCAUUACCAUUGGGACAAACAUCACCAUUAUCACAGCGAUGAGCACCUCCACGACGACUUCCACAAUCACCAACACGACAACGUCCAUAACCACGAUUCUGUACAUCACCACUCUCACGCAAAUGUACACAAUCAUUUCAGCCCCAAUCAUCAUAUACAUCACAACAUUCACGAACACAGUAGUAACCAUGAUCACGCUCAUGAAAAUCAACAUUAUCACGAGAGUCACCACGAGCACAAAGAUCUCGGGACUUCUGUGCACGGCCAUCAAGACUAUCAUCACCAUAACUCAGUUCGUCGACGUUCAGCCCGAAGCGCGGUGAUUCACGAUGCACAUCCUCACCAUGAAGAUUAUUGGUACCAUGGACAUCACCACGGCCACCACCAUGGACAUCACCACGGCCACCACCAUGGACAUCACCACGGCCACCACCAUGGUCAUCACCACGGCCACCACCAUGGACAUCACUACGGCCACCACCAUGGACAUCACCAUGGCCAUCACCAUGGUCAUCACCACGGCCACCACCAUGGACAUCACUACGGCCACCACCAUGGACAUCAUCACGGUCAUCACCACGGGCACCACCAUGGACAUCACCACGAUGAAAAUUGAUAUUAUUUGAACAAAAAUGUUAAAUAUCCUAAA